AUGCAAUCAAAUUCAAAUAUUACUUUUAGUAAAAAAACAAUAGCAACAUUAAAUGAAAUUAUAUUUCAACAAACAGUUAUUUUUUGUAAAGAUUUAGAUUCAUUUUCAAGUCAUGCUAAACGUAGCACAAUAAAUAUAGAUGAUGUUCGUCUGUUGUGUCGUCGUAAUCCAAAGUUAUUAGAAAAAUUAGAUGAGACGUAUGGAGAAUUAAAUAAAGGGAAAGACCCUACAACUACACUAAAAGGCCGUGGUAAAAAAAAAUUAAUUAUUAAAAAUGAAUCGGAAUCAGCAUCCGAAAAUGAAAAUAGUAAAACAACGUUAACAUUGUCGAGAGUAGCUACUACUACAUCAAAACAAUCAGCAACAUCAGCAAAAUUUGCCAAAAUUUUAAAAUUAGAUGAAACGACGGCGAAGAAGAAGCGACCACCACCAAUAAUAGAUGAUUUUGAUGAUAAUGACGAUCUGGUCGAUCGAAUUAGUAUUGUUUCAAGUGAUAUGGAUGAUUAG